GAAAGUUUGAUUGGCAGCGGCAAAACAGCUGAUAAACUUUAAAAAGAAUCUGAAAUGAAUGUUUUGUUUAAGUACCGCUAUAGUUUUUUAGCCGGCGCAUGCGCUGCCGGCGGCAGCUUCUUUGGCAAGCUGCCCAGUUUUCUCAGUGCAAUGAACCUACUACAGGUUGAUGCAGUACAACCCGCCGGCUAUGCAUAUCUUGAAUUUGCGCUAGUCCAAGUGUUCCCCCUUGGCCUCAUGUUAUUUUGCAAUGUGUGCAAUCUACGCUACUUUCUGAAGGCCUUGCAAAUGACCCAACAGACGCUGACAGCAACUGUCCUAACUGCUGCCUCCAAUUACGUGUUAUCAUUUAUUCUAGGUGCUCUAGUAUAUCGGGAACCGCUGACAGCAUUAUCCGGCGCUGGCAUCGCUCUCAUAUUAACCGGGCUCUGGUUCCUAUGUGAUACUAAAACGGACGCGAGCCGGCCGGUAGAUGAGGAAAAACAAAAACAAAUCUAGUCAAUUUGAAAGACAGCGUUCUAGCUAUAAGGCAAAAUAUUCUUUACUUAAAUAGGUUUUUGUUUAAUGUCACUAUUUUGCAUAUAAGUAUAUAAUUAGUUUCUUCACAUAAGUCGGGCAUAAUGUAUUUAUCUUUUCAUAUACAGCACUACAUUCGCAUAUUUCAAUUAAUUCAUAUGCGCAGA